UUGUCUGUGGAGGAACAGAGGGAUUCUGACCAACGUACAGAUCUACCAACAUGCUCAGCCACUGCAGCAUUCUAAGGAAGAAAAUCUUCAUCACGAGGCUCUUGGUGUUGGGAGUUCUUGUUGUUGUUGUUAAUCUUUGGUUUCCUGGAGAUUUGACCAAAAACAAACACAUCCUCCUUCAAGAAGAUGUGAGAAAGUCUCUCAUCCAACCAAAGCCAACAACCACAAGUUCUACUUAUAAAUACUCCUGGCCAAAAUGUCGUAAAAACAUAUCUGCUGCCAGAGUCCCCGGCUUCAACUCACUUCCUCGUCAUAUACAAGACUUUCUGUACCAUCGCCACUGUCGACAUUUUCCCAUGAUACUAGAUGUUCCUGACAAAUGUGGAGGAGCUGAAGGAUCUGCAGAAGUCUUUCUUCUACUGGUCAUUAAAAGCUCUCCUGGGAACUACAACCGUCGAGAGGUGCUGCGUAAAACCUGGGCUAAAGAGAGAUUGCAGAAUGGUGUGUGGAUCCGAAGGAUCUUCAUCUCAGGAACGACAGGUGAUGGUUUUGAGAAAAAGAGACUCAACAACCUCCUUGAAGUUGAGCAACAUGAGAACAAUGACAUCCUCCAAUGGGACUUUAUUGACACACAUUACAACCUCACAUUGAAACAAGUUCUCUUCCUGGAAUGGAUGGACGUAAACUGUCCACAUGUUCGCUUCCUGAUGAACGGUGAUGAUGAUGUUUUUGCUCACACAGACAACAUGAUUGACUAUCUAAAAGCCCUGACGGACAAUGAUGGACAAAGGCACCUCUUUACUGGAAAUUUGAUGGUGAAUUUUGGGCCCAUUCGAUCACCAGACAGUAAAUAUUAUGUUCCAGUUCAGGUGUAUGAGUCAGAGUCAUAUCCUGAUUUCUGUAGUGGUGGAGGCUUCCUGUUGUCUGGCUACACAGCUCAUGUCAUAUACAACAUGUCCCAGUCCAUCACCCUUCUUCCCAUGGAUGAUGUUUACAUUGCAAUGUGUGUGGACAAAGCAGGACUUCGUCCUGAAUCCCACAUGGGAGUGAAGGCUUUUGGACAUCGCAGUCCCUCCAAUAACGACCCAUUAGACCCUUGUUAUUUUAGCGAAAUUCUUCUUGCUCACAGAUUCCUUCCAACUGAUUUGUAUAUUAUGUGGCAGAGCUUGCAAGACCCAAGUCUGACAUGCUUUGACAACAACAAAGAGUAACAAUUCAUUUAAGACUUUGUGCAUGUGGAACUAGAAAUGUCAAACAUUUAAAUGAAAGCAAAGACUCUUGUAAACCUAAAAACUUUCAUCUGAUUAAUAAGUUUGAGGAGUUCUUUGAUUCUGCAAAUUAUCCAGGGUUUUAUUGUUUAUAUUUUGGUUCCCAGCAUUGGUUGACAACAAUGACAGCAUUUUAAUUUUCUUUCUUUUAAAUUAUUUUUUUUGAUGGAAUUAAUGCAACCAUGUACCUUAAAUGCUGACUUUGGGUGACCAUUUAGGAGGUGUAACAGAUUUAGUGUAGCCUUCAUCUCAUGGCCUAUGGACUUCCUAAUGCAGUAAAAAUGUAAGACAAAAUUGUAACACAUGUUCACAGAAUAAAAGAUAAAAAAUCGAAACAAAACAAAAACAUAUCUUUGCUUUGUCAGAAACAUUUUUGGUCGGACAAAGUAUGACAUUGUGAAUUUGCAGAUUAUUAAAGAUUAUUAAAUGUA